AUGGUUCUGCAGAUAGGUCCAUCAGGGGACUCCUCAACAUACGCAGAGUGCCAGGCUGUGGAUGCUCAGCUAAGCCUCGUGGGCUGUGGCGGGCGCGGGUUUUUUUUUUUCUUCCGUGCGUGGCCUCACCGCUGCCCGCAGGCGGUGUUGGCGCGCCGCGUCGGCGGGGUCCUCGCGCCGGUGCGCGCCGUGGAGGAGCUGCCGGCCGGGACGCGUCUCCUCGUGCUGCGCUGCCACGCCGAGUACGUCGCCUGGAGAUACCCGGCGCAUCUCCACGAUCUCCCCGACGCACUCAGGAUUACGUCUGGUCCCGGCUACAGCGAGCUCACACUGCACAACAGCUCCUCCGCAGACACAGGCGCCUUCAGUUGCCGAGGCAAUAGCAGCAGCAUCAACGGCACGCGCAUCGCCACGGCAACCACGUACAUCUACUUCACAGACCCUUCCACGCUGCUCGUGAGUCGCGGGGAGCCGUUCGGCCUGGUGGUGGCGCGGGGUCCCCGCCCGGCCGUGGUGCCGUGCCGCGCCACCAACCCCCGCGCACACGUGCAGCUCGAGCGCGCGAGCCAUGCGGGGAGCGCGCCUCCCAACGUGACAUAUGAUCCCCGCGUGGGGUUCCUGCUGGAGCUCCCUCCACCCGAGGCCGCGGGGCUGCUGCGCUGCGUCGCGACGCUGGGCGGUGUGCGCCAAUCGUCCGUCCCAUACCUGCUCGUCUACGUGGACUCCCCUUCUGAGGCCCCGGUGGCUGCACUGGUUGCAUCGACAUCGGCCGCCAGUCUCCAUGAUGAUGUUACCCUGGUCUGCGAAGUCAAGGGACAGGCUGGGGUCACGGCCGAUGUCUCCUGGAAAUUCCCUGGGCAACAGGCCGGGCGCCCGACUGUGCGCCUCGAUUACUUCGAGGACUUCCCCCCUUCGGUGCGGGAGACACGCAGCGUCCUACUCAUCCCCCAUUUCCUCGCACAUGACGCAGGCGAGUACCUAUGCAGCGCACACAAUGCCAAGGGAGCCUCCAUAGCAACUGCAAACAUCAUCCUGUUGCCUGGCAGCCCCGUCAAGGCCGGGUUACGUGACCAGCAGCAGCCCAUCAACAGCAGCCUGGAAGUGAAGCGCCUGUACGAUCAGGUCAAGAAAUCCGAAUCACAUGAUCGCAAGCAGCCAAUCAUAAACCCAGAGUUGACUGGACAAGAAAAUCCGAUUGGGGCGUCUAUAAAGCCACAUGAUGAUAAGCAGCCCAGAAAAUCAGCUCCAACAACAGUCCGGAAUAAACUAUUUGGGAGUUUUCCGAACCGAAAACAGCCUUUUGGAAAACCAGUCUUGAGCGGGCAGAAUAAAACGAUUGGAAGAUUUCAGAAACCACACGUGCUAAAGCAGCCAAUCAAAUUGGUUGGAUUGGCAACACAAAAAUUGGCAAUUGCAAGCUUGCGAUCAGGCGGCCACAAGCAACCGGUCAAAAAUGGGGUGUUGCGACAGAGCGAGGCGACCAAGGACAUCAAGUCAAGUGAUCAAGAGGAAAUUGGAUUAGUUGAAACAGGUAGUAAUGAGCAAGCACUGUAAUUUAGGAUUAAGUUAUAUCGAUUUAUAACGGA